CGAAGGAAUACAAUCCAAUUGGGCGACGUUCCAAUCCCAAUCUCCAAAACUGUCUGCUUUGAAUAAAAAAAACAGUAGAAAUCGGAGGCGAAGAGAAGAGAAGAGAAGAGAAGAGAGAGAAAGACAGAGAGGUCGAAGUAAACACACAUGACGUUCACCGAGAAGACAGGCGACCCGGCGGCGCCCCUCCUCCCACAACCGCCUCCUCCUCCACCGUCGUCCGCGCAGACAUGCUACGGCGUCCCAGCCGCGACCUCCUCCGUCGCCGUUUUCCAGGAUCCCUACUUCCCUGAACCCCAGGCGUACGUCCUGCUGCCCGUCUACCCCAGCCACCGCCGCCGCCGGCGUCCUCGCUGCUGUGGAUGCUUUCGGUGUGUUGGUUCGCUCGUUUCCUCUUCUACUCUCCUCUCCCUAGCCUUCUUCCUCCUCCUCCUCCUAUCAGCUGCCUUUUUCCUGUGGCCCUCCGAGCCCGAUCUCACUGUAGCCCGCCUCGAUCUAGAUGACAUCCGUGUGGACGUCACACCCGACGCCACUAUUUGCAUCUCCAUGGGCGUCAAGAUCAGAAUCCGCAACCCGGCCUUCUUCGCCCUCAAUUACCGCUCCAUCGUGGUCUCCCUAGGGUACCGGGGAAGGCAGCUUGGCUUCGUCACUUCAAGCGGUGGCCAUAUUAGGGCUCGGGGGGUUUCGUACAUCCAUGCCAAGCUCAAGCUCGACGGGAUCGGGGUGUUGAGUGACGCCAUCUAUUUGGUCGAGGACCUUGCUAGGGGAUCGUUGCCUUUGGGCACAAUAACCGAGGUUAAGGGUAGGAUGCGGCUCUUCUUCUUCGAUGUCCCUGUCGAGGGUAAAGUUUCAUGCACUGUGACGGUUAAUCCAAGCACCCAGAAGGUCAUUCAUCAAGAUUGCUACCUCCAGUGAUUGCAGACAGUUGGUGUUGUAGGAUGGAUGAUUAUUGAUAAUUCAACUUGUUGAUGGAUGAAUUCAGUAUGCUUCCUCGUCCAUUUGAAGUUAUCUUGCCUGUAAUAUACGUGUUAUUUGGAGGUGAAACGAGCAUAUCAGAACUGGUUAUCUGUAAGGGAAGGAUUAUAAAUACAGUGUAUGUGGCGGUCAGAACUGGUUAUCUGUAAUAGCUUAUCAUUCUGGUUAUCUGUUUGUAUUUUUUUA